GUUUGGAAAAAAAUAAAAAUCAAAUGCGUGAGCAUCAUGGUGGAAUAUUUGUGGUGAAAGUUAUGUUUAUAGUGAAAACAUAAAAAAACGCUAAAAUGGAUUGGAAAAGUGCAAAGUUUCUUUUGGCAUCCACAGCUACGGUUGUUGUUGCUUCCCAAGUAAUAAAAAAGCUGUGUAAUUACUUUUUCAACUCUAAAAAGAGUUCUCAAUCCAAAGUUGUAAGUGAUGAAGCUGGUUGUGAUAUGAUGAACAUUAGAAAUCGUGAAAUAAAUGACGUGAUAUUGUUUUCCAAUGAUGUAAUCCGACACACAAUAAAAGUACCAUCAAAUAAAGACGUAACAAUAUGUGAGAGCAGAGAAUUGAACUGCUUCAAAUUGAUAAAAUACAUCAAAUCAGCGCGUGAAACUUUAGACGUCUGUAUGUAUCUUAUAACCAGUGCUGAAAUUGCGGAACAAUUGAUAAGAUUGGGACAAAGGCACGUGUUAAUACGAAUAGUUGUUGAUAGUGAUAUGGCUUUCACUGCACCAUCUCAAAUUAAGAAGCUAAAGGAAUACAGUUUCAUUCAAGUGCAGACAAAUAAAAAAUCUAUCCUGAUGCACCAUAAAUUCUGCAUAGUAGAUGGUCCAAAAGCUGUCAAGCGGAAACACAUACUAAAAACCUACGCAGAGAAAUUAAACAUUCAUGCACAAUUAACAAAACAUAAUAAUUUGCAACAAACAAAAAUGAAACCUUGCAAAGGCUUUGUCAUGUCAGGAUCAUUAAACUGGUCUACCCAGGCCAUGGUUUCAAACCACGAAAGCGUUAUUGUAACAUCCCACCCCAAUAUCGUCAGUAAAUUUGAAAAAGAGUUUGAUAGCUUAUGGGUUGAAAAUGAACCAGCUCUUCUUUCAACGCUAUGACAAACUGACGAAUAAUUUUAAAGCAACUCUAAACAGACAAUAUAAAAUAUAUAACAUUGUAUGCACCAAUGAUGCAACACCACAUGUGCAA